AUGGCGUGCAAGUGGCGAAAGAACCCGGAUCCCGCCAAGUACGAGGCGAAGAAGCCAAAGCGGAAGCAGGGGAAGAAGCCGCGCGAGUUCAGGUGUGCGUGCGGCGCCACCUUCCCGGCGAAAGGACCGAGAAACAGGCACCGAGAGGGCUGCAAGGCCCGCGAUCUGGAGGACAUGUUGAGAUCCAUGACGAGGCCAGGGAAAGAGUGCGACGAGUGCGACAGACUCUACUCGAUGAACGACUUUCUGUACCGAGACAGGAACCUCAUUCUCACCGACGACUGCACCAUCAUCUGCUCGGACUGUGCCGAAGCAGGCGAUUACGACCCUGCGGAAUUGGAGCCGGAGAUCCUACCUGGAGAAAUCGAAGAGUACCUGGUGGUUCGACGCACCGUGGAUCCAUUCCCGUGGCUCAAGAAGCGCCGAGAGAACUUGUGUAAGGAGCUGGUGGAGGAGAUGUACAAGCCCGAGCGUAUUCUGAAGUGGCUUGAGAGCGGGCGUGACUUGAAGGCGUAUCUGAAUUAG